AGUAGUGCUUUUCUGCAACGCCGCUUAUUAUCGGCGAUCGGAAGUCGAAACCAAGCAGGAGUCGAAACAUUCAAUCGAAGCUGAACUCUGGAUUCUUCAAGCCAGUAAGAGGGAGAAGAAGAAGAAGAAAAAGGAGAGAUGUGGUACCUAUGCGUGUUCUACCACAGAUUACUGGAUUUCCGGAAACCCGAGGUUGAAUCUCUCGCCGACCUCUUUGGAGCAUUCGAAUCCGAUCGGGAAAAAUCGUUGGAGUGGAAGCUUCCAGAGAACUACCACACCGACUCGCCUUUCCACUUCGUCAACCUCCCUUCCGAAGAGAUUGCCCGGAAUGUCGCCAAUCGAAGUAUCCUUGUGAAGGGAAUAUAUGAACUCUGGGGAGAAGGCAAUACCUAUGAGGAAUUGGAAGAUGCUAUAAAGAAUUAUCCCGAUGAGCGGAAGUUGCCAUACCUGACGCCUGAUAGCACAUUUAAGAUCAGUGUUGACAGCUUUGGGAAAGCCAUCAGCUUUCAGGAACAAAAUGGCCGUAUUCAGUCACUUUCUUACAUUCCUUUCAAGGGACGAGUGAAUUUAAAAAAUCCAGACCACAAGUUCUGCCUCAUUGAAAAUGACAAGUAUGACUCUAAUAAUGGACUUCCCCCAAUUCUUCACAGGAGGGUAUUUUUUGGGCGGGAGGUAGGUGCUGCUGAUAGGAAACUCUUACCCACUUAUCAGUUGAAAAGCCGCAAUUAUCUUGGCCCCACAGCCAUGGAUGCUGAAAUGGCAUUUCUGAUGGCUAACCAAGCGCAAGCCAAUCCCGGUAAACUAGUCUACGAUCCAUUUGUUGGCACAGGAAGCAUUCUUGUUGCAGCUGCUCAUUAUAAGGCAAUGACAAUGGGUGCAGAUAUAGACAUUCGUGUAGUGCGUGAUGGUCGAGGUCCAGAUUGUAAUGUUUGGAGCAAUUUCAAACAGUACGGAUUGCCGUCGCCUAUUUCUUUGAUAAGGGCAGACAAUGGCCUUCCUCCUUGGCGGAAAGGGUUGAAAGAGGUAUUUGAUGCCAUAAUAUGUGACCCUCCCUACGGAGUUCGGGCAGGAGGCCGCAAAUCUGGCGGCAGGAAGCUUCUGAAAGGGGUCAUCGGCCCAUACACAAUCCCCGAUGACAAAAGAACAGACCACAUACCUUCCACUGCCCCUUACAGCCUAGCAGAGUGCCUACACGACCUUCUUGACCUGGCUGCCCGAGUGCUGGUCAUCGGGGGGCGGUUGGUAUACUUCUACCCCUCCUUGAGAGAUGAUAACUCGGGCAGCCCCGUCUUCCCGGAACACCCAUGUUUCAAACUGGUCGCCGUCUCUGAACAGAUACUGAGCUUCAGAUACAGCCGGAUACUGCUGACGAUGGUUAAAACCGAAACAUACACCGAAGAAAUCGAAUUGGCAGCAAGGAUCAGACAUUUGGAGUUCAAAGAAAACCAUGUGAAGUGGCUUGAAGAAGGAAAUCUUCAUUCUGCUGUGUUUUGCCCUGCUCAAGAUCUGCCUAAUGACACAAAGAUGACCAAAGAAUCCAAGCCAAGGUACAGGGGCAAAUAUGUCUAAUGAAAUGAAGCUUCUGCGUUCGAUUUCUGUUUGCUCCCAAGGUAUGUGUCUUUGGGAUUUCCAUCUCUUUUUACGAAUCGACUGAAUCUUUUAUGGGAAAAUUUUUGGCCUAGUUUUAGGAGGUAUGAGGUUUUAACGACCGUAGGGGUUAGGAGAGGUAGGGGUAUGCCGAACGAAUAGGGAUGGGCUUUAGGCAAGGACAUCGUUAAACUCAAGCUGACUAAGGACAUGACUUUAGAUAUGAAGUUUUGGAGGCCAAGAGGUUGGUUUUUUGAGAGGUAGGCUUUGAUCUCCCAUCUCAUUAUCACGUAUUUAGCGGGUUAUUUUUUGGGCACGCAAAGUCAUUUAUUUUUAAGUGUACCGUAUAUGUAACGCUCCGUUGGAAGUGUAUUUGGAAUCGUGCUUGUUGAUUUAUUUCAUUUUCAAGUAUGGGUAGAGUCUGCGUACAAAUACCCUCAUCGG